UCUUACAUCUGUCAACAAUGGACUGGUGUGAAUGGAAAACACCAAAAACAAGGACCUGAUGCUGGUGUUUAUCUGCAUGUUCUUCAUGUCUCAUCCUCACACACUGAGAUCAGUGCAGGUCUCUCUGUGACUCUCUUCUGUCGGCUGUAUUCAUAUCCUCGAGUCUCUUGUGGUGAUCCGGGUCGUUCUGAGAGAAUUCAUCUGUUCUGGGUGAAUCAGGCUGGUGUUAAAUCAGACUCCAGAUAUCAGAUAUCAUCCUCAUCAGAUCCCUGUAUCAUCUCUCUGAAUAAAACACUCCUGAAUGAAGAUCACAACAGAGAGUGGAGAUGUGAAGUUACUCACAGAGAUCAAGUCAAGACCUCAGUCACAUACACUGUCAAGAGUUCAGCUCAAGCUGAUUCAGGGACAGCAGGGAUUACUAUACAAGUGAUUAUGAUUGUUGCCGGCACUUCAUUCAUUCUUCUCCUUCUUGCUCUGAUUCUUUGGCUGAUGAUGCAUAAAAAAAGAUCCGCUGUCAGAAGAGCAACUGAUGACUCUGUGGAGCAGACAGAUGAUGUGACUUAUACUGAAGUUACUGCGGUCAGUAAAGACAGAGCCAAGAACAAGGUUUGCUGUGAUGAUAAAGUGACUUACGCUUCCAUCGGAGGAGCAAAAGCCGGAGAUCAGGAAGACUGCAGUCAACUUUACGCUUCUGUGAACAAGAACCAUCACAAAUCAGGAAAAUAA